AUGGCUGAGCCGGUAUACAAUGCAUCCAUGCCAAAGGGUGGCGAUCCAACCAAGGUUGAUGUGAACGCCCAAUAUGUCGGUUUCGAGUACAACUAUGUCUACAUCACAACGUGUGCGUUCAUUGUCUGGUUGAUCAUCCCGGGCAUUGGUUUGCUCUAUAGCGGUCUGGCACGGAGAAAGUCGGCAUUGGCGUUACUCUUUCAAUCUCUGAUGAUUGUUGCGGUUAUCACAUUCCAAUGGAUGUUUUGGGGUUAUUCGCUGGCGUACUCCAGGGAUGGAGGGCCUUUCAUCGGCAGCCUUAAGAACUUUGGCUUGAUGGAUGUCAUGGUGGCUCCCUCGCCCGGUUCCCCCGUCCUUCCAGAAAUUGUUUUCUGCUAUUUUCAACUUCUAUUCUGUGUUUGCACAGUCUUGAUUGUCGUCGGUGGAUCCUUCGAAAGAGGAAAUAUCCUGCCAUCGUUAAUCUUCAGCUUCUUUUGGGCAACCAUCGUCUAUUGUCCACUUGCCCGCUGGACUUGGAGCAGCAGCGGAUGGCUCUAUAACCUACCCUCUUUGGAUUUUGCAGGUGGUGGUCCAGUCCACAUCGCUUCGGGAUGGUCCGCCCUCGCAUAUGCACUUAUCCUGGGAAAGCGAAAGCACCAUGGAGAACCAUCACAUGGAAAGCCACAUAAUACUAGCAUGGUAUUUCUAGGAACUGUCCUGAUUUGGUUCGGGUGGCUGGGAUUCAAUGGUGGAUCCAGCCUCGGCGCCAACAUGCGUGCCAUGCUGGUCGUGUUCAACACCAAUGCAGCGGCUUCGAUCGGGGUCUUGGGCUGGGUUUUGGUCGACUUCAUCAAACACAAAGGGAAAUUCUCCCUGGUAGGAGCCUGCGAAGGAGCCAUUGCCGGUCUGGUCGGGAUCACACCAGCAGCUGGAUUUGUCUCCGUCUGGCUUGCAGCAUGUAUCGCCUUCAUAACCAGCGUUGUAUGUGCGCUUUUGCAGGACGUCAACGACUGGCUCAACAUUGACGAGGGACUGGAUGUUUUCAAGCUCCACGGCGUGGGCGGCAUGGUGGGAGCUUUCCUAACCGGCAUCUUCGCAAGCGAGUCCAUAUCAUCUUUAGACGGCGCGACCUUUUCAGGCGGAGCGAUCGACGGCAAUGGAGUUCAAGUUGGAAAACAACUGGCGGAAGUGUGUGCCAUCUCGGGAUAUUCUUUUGCAGUGACGUGCAUUCUGCUGUACAUUCUCAAAUUCAUCCCGGGGAUGAAACUGCGGGUAGAUGAGACAUCGGAAAGGGUUGGACUGGAUCGAGCUCAAUUUUUCGAUGAGCAGAUAGGGGACUGGACCAUGUUUGACAGCACUUCUGGAGUGGUAUUUGGGUCAACAAGUGAGACAAUGGUGGGUGUCCACGAAGCCAAGGAUGAGCAACAGUCGAGCGAUAAGUCGUGAUACUGUAAGUGUACUACCGUUGGUUAGUGCUGUAGCUUGUUAUUAUUUUGAGCAAUAAUCUGUUUCUGUGGAGCACUAGAGCACUAGAGCCACAUUCCAAGUCGUAGCCGCUACCCAUGACAUCUGCCAUGGACAAAGCCAAGCCCACCUAAUCGCAGCGUAAACGAUCAACAGGGUAGUCGGCACUGUUAUCAAAGUAAUCAGGGUUAUCAGAC